AUGGCCACCAUGGAUACCAAACUCAACCAGUUAGUUGACACAGUGUGGGCAAGGUUCCAAGAAUGGCCUGGAACCAAGCGAUUCUUGAUUGUCAUAGGUGGCAUCCCCGGCUCAGGCAAAACUACCCUAUCUCUCCACCUCACAGCCGCUUUGAAUGCUCGCUGGUCGUCCGAGCAUUUCGGUUCCCCUCCCAUCGCAGUAUUUGUCCCAAUGGACGGUUUCCACUACACCCGUGCCCAACUAGACACGUUCCCCAACCCAGCCGAAGCGCACGCUCGUCGCGGGGCAGCCUUCACAUUUGACGGGGAGGGGUUUGUGAAUCUGGUAAAAAGGCUUGCCGAACCGGUGACUGAAAGCACAGAGACAAUAUGGGCGCCGGACUUCGAUCAUGCUGCAAAGGAUCCAAGAGAGAAUGCUAUUGCUGUGGAGAGACAUAACAGGAUUGUGGUAUUGGAGGGGAAUUAUACCCUCCUCAACAUCCCUCCUUGGUCCCAAAUCGCCCCUCUCUCCUCCCUAACCAUCCUCGCGACUGUCCCCCACGAAGUUGCUCGCCGCCGACUCGCGGCACGUCACUUACGCGCUGGUAUCGUCGACACACUCGAGGCAGGCGACCGAAGAGCAGUGGAAAACGACUUGCCGAACGGGGACGAGAUGCUUGCGAAUGUGGUGCCGGGAGUAGAUGUUCUGUUUGAGAGUGUGGAUGAGGAGGGAUGGGGGAGUUAA